CCUGCUGGGGAAGCUAGUGGACCAAGAGCCGCAGGUGGCUGUUCCCCGCGAUCUAGGCUGCUCUUCCCGAGGCCUCACUCCGGCCGGAACUACAGUGCCAUACCUUGCCCGGAAUCGGACGGGAAAAGCAGAUGGACCUGCAAAGGGAAAGUGGAGCACUCGGUGGGGGAAACUGGGGGACCGAGGCGGAAGUCACUUUCGGGUACCCGCAGUGCUGCCGGCGUCGGUGGGUCUGGGACUUGGAGGGGUCACAGCCGGAGCAGGUGAGCAGGUGGAGUUGGGCUAUUUACUGGAGUUUCUGUCCAUGGUUACCAGGGAGAAAUUUACAUUUUGACUUUUUCUUACCAUGGCUUUGGUUCACAAAUUGCUAACUGGCACAUAUAGUCUCGGAAAAUGCCCGAAGCCAAGCAUUGCCUUGUGCCCACUGUUGGGUAGUCGCUUUGCAAACUAUUGUUCCAGUAGUCUUCCGAAAACAGUGGCUGUUCCUGAUAAAGCCUCCUCUCAGAGGAAGACUGAAGGGGACUUGCAAGGCCAUCACCAGAGAGAAGUUGGCUUGGAUAUAUCUUCUCCUGAGGAGAAACCUGAAGUUAGUUUUGAUAAAGCAAUUAAAGAUGAAAUAAAGGACCAUUUUAGGCGUUUGAAGGAUGAGAUUGUGAAUCAUUGGAUAGGGCCCGAAGGCCGCCCCCUGCAUGAGGUCUUGAUGGAGCAAGCCCGAGUUGUCUGGCAGUUCCGUGGAAAAGAAGAUUUGGAUAAGUGGAUAGUGACUUCUGAUAAGACAAUUGGAGGCAAAAGUGAGGUGUUCCUGAAAAUGGGCAAGAAUAACCACAGCGCAGUGCUGUAUGGAACUCUGAGCUCCGAUGCACCUCAGGAUGGGGAGAGUGGACGCAGUGGAUACUGUGCAAUGAUAUCCCGGAUUCCAAGGGGCUCUUUUGAAAGGAAGAAGUAUUAUGACUGGUCCCAGUUCAACACUCUGUAUCUCCGUGUCCGUGGUGAUGGUCGACCUUGGAUGGUGAAUAUCAGGGAGGACACGAAUAUAAUGCAGAGGACAAAUCAAAUGUACAGUUACUUCAUGUUCACCCGUGGGGGGCCCUAUUGGCAGGAGGUCAAGAUUCCUUUCUCCAAAUUUUUCUUCUCUAAUCAAGGAAGAAUCCGGGAUGCCCAGUACCAGCUUCUGCUUGACAAGAUCUCAUCAAUUGGAUUCACCCUGGCAGAUAAAGUAGAUGGUCCAUUCUUCCUGGAAAUAGAUUUUAUUGGUGUGUUUACUGAUCCAGCCCACACAGAAGAAUUUGCCUAUGAAAAUUCUCCAGAGCUUAACCCAAGACUUUUUAAGUAGAAUCAUGUAGUAGUUCUGUACUACACUAAGGGUAAUAGCAGCUACGACAACACACACAAAAUAAAGUUGCUUUUAUGACAUUUGAUCAGUGCCUGGUAUGUAUUCCUAAGUGCUGCCGCUAAGAAAGGCCAUUUAGAGGGAAAUACAGGUUCCAAGCUAUACCUUAACCUGCACAAUGCAAGUACUGAUAGAGCCGUCCUGUGUAAGUAAAUGUUUUUGGUUAGGAUGGUUCCUCUCAGGAACAUUUCUUGCAUGAGUAGGCUUCAAAAGCAAGGGUCUCAGGUGACCAUUGAUGACCUUCUACUACUGUAUUCUUUCUAGUGUUCAUUUUCUAAAACAUAUUUGAGGAAAGGAGACUGCUGAAGAAUAGUAAGAUGUUGUCAAAGUCAUUGGAAAAAGAUACUUACCGUCUUAGUCCGCUCAGGCUGCUACUACAAGUUACAGUAGAUGAGGUGGGUUAAACAUUUCUGGAGACUGGGAAAUCAAAGAUCAAGGUGCCUGUACAACUGGUGCUUGUGAGGCUCCACUUCUUGACUUGUAGACAGCUUACUUUUUGCUGUCUCCUUGUGUGGCCAAGAGAGAACAACUAGUCUGUCUUCUUAAUUAACCCAUUGUAAGUGUUUCAUCCUUAUGACCUACUUAUCUUCCCAAGUCUCCACCUCUCAAAGUGAUUGUACUUGGAAUUAUAAAUUUAGGGGGGGACUCACCUGUUUUAAGAGCUGGUUCCUAAGAUGCAAAAUCCUUACUUUAUAGUGACCUAAUGGAACCACUGGAAAUUAAAUCAGAUAUUAGACCCCAAAACUUCCCCAGACAUUGUAAGUAUUAAAGUGAUUGCAUAUACCAAAAAUAAAACUAAUUAACAGCUUAAAUUAAUUAUUGUCCUUUUAAAAAGAGAGGAAGAGGCAGGAAACUUUAUGAUUGCCAGCAUACCCUAAGAGAAAACCACGCUAAUAAGAGAAUGCACAAAGGCUCGUAACUUUUCCAUCAUCCAUGGCAUAAAACCUAUCUUACAUAGUUCCAUGUUUAUACCUUUAAUAGCUUUAUUAAGGUAUCAUUUACAAAAGAAAGUUCACUUGUUUUAAGUAUACAGUAUUUUUUAAAGUAUAUUUACAGGAUUAGACAAUUGUAAAUUAUAAGAAGGUAAUUUUAGAAAAUUUCCAUCAGUCUGAAAAGAAACCUUAGUGCCCUUUUGAAAUACUCUUCAUCCCUACUCUCAAUACCAGGUAACUAGUAAUCUUUCUUUAUAUAUUAUCUUGUAUGGAUAUUUCAUAUAAAUAAAGUGAUAUUUUGUGUCUGGCUUCUUCUAAUU